AUGAAGUCCGUCUCUAUUGCCAUGGCCCUGCUGGGUGCCUCUGUCGUCUCCGCUGCUGGGAUGUCUGCAAGUGAUUGCGCGCAAAUGUGCAUUAGCAAUAUGAACGCAAAGGCCAGCGAACUCGGCUGCUCCGCGAAUGACAAGGCUUGCCUGUGCAAGACCGACGACUACGGAUAUGGGAUCCGUGACUGCACCAAGCAGGCUUGUCCCAAUGAUGACGCCGCCAAGGUUCUGCAGAUGGCUUUGGCCGGCUGCCCUGAUGGUUCUGGCUCCGGCUCCGGCUCCGGCUCAGGCUCUGGUUCUAGCUCCGGCUCCGGCUCUGGCUCCUCUACCACUUCCGGCUCAGGCGCAGGCUCAGGUUCGGAGACCACCACUGGUUCUGGCAGCGACGCAACUGGUUCUAGCACCACUGUCUCUGGCGCCGGCAGCGGCUCGGGUGCCACAACCUCUGGCUCAGGCUCAAGCUCCGGAUCCUCGGGCGCUGCGACGGCCACCAACACCGCUAGCAUGACUGGUACCAACACUGAUGGCAGCGGCAGUGGAAGCAUGACCGUAUGUAGCACGGAUGAUCCUCCACAUGCUGUUCUGUGUCACUAA